AUGGCCAAACGCCAGGUCUGCACCGAGGAAAGAAAAUGGCAUGCCACCGUGCAUUUCAUCAUCGAGUUCCGAGGCAAGCACGUCCCUGGCAGCCAGAUGGAUGGCGUUAAGGUCGCGUUGGGCCUUGGUGCAGUCGCCGGCGGGGCCGUAGCAGCGGGCCUCGAGGCCGCUGAUCUCGGAGCGCUUCCAGCAGGGCUGGCCGCGGCGAGGGCACCACUGGCGCUUGGUAAGCAGGUCGGCCUCGGCGUCCGAGACGUCCCGGCGGCCCAGGGCGACGGGCUCAAACACGUUGUCGCGCUUCCAGCACGGCUGGCCUCGGCGCGGACACCACUGGCGCUUGGCCAGGUCGGCGCCACCGCUGGACCCCUCGACGGCCGCCAGGAGGGCGCCCACGGCGCGCUUGGCCACGUCGCACGCCUCGCCGGCCCCGUCGCAGUGGCGCUUGUCGUGCUCGACGUCGCGCUUCCAGCAGGGUUGGCCGCGGCGCGGGCACCACUGGCGGGCCUCGAGGAGGGGGGCGGCGCCCUCGUCGGGCUUCUCGGUCUUGGGGGCGUCGGCGUCGGCGUCGGCGGCGGGCUUCUCGUCGACGGCCUUGGCCUGGACGCUGGUGUCGGGGUCGAAGUAGCGGUCGAGGUAGAGGUCGUUGUAGAAGGCCUCGGGGUCGUCCUGGGUCGAUGCCAGCAGGGCGGCCAGGGCGUUGACGGAGCGCUUGGCGUUGUAGGCGGCGCCGCCGGGGAGGUGGGAGAGGUCGCGGGCCGUCAGGUGGCCAUCGGACGGCGACGUGGUCGUGGCGACGUCGCGGGCCUCGUUGCUGUGGAUGGCCGAGACGAACGCCUCGACAGCGCGCUUGACCUUCCAGCAGGGCUGGCCGCGGCGGGGGCACCACUGGCGGGCUUCGAGGGUGGCGGUCUCGCCGUUUGCGAUGGCGGCCGCGUUGGCGGCGGCGCCCGCGCCCAGGAUGAGGGUGAUGACGGAGACGGUCUUCAUUGGGCAUUGUCGUCUAAUGGAGGCGAACCCCUGAAUAGGAGCUUCUGUUCCCAAAACGAGCAGACGGUUGGGCAUUACCCGCCGCUUAACUCCGAGCACGGAGCCAGCAUGACCAAAGGAUAG